UUCGCUUCGUUUGUCGAGACGCAAUUGUUACGCCUGUCGAAAGUGGCUUCUCAAUGCGCUCAAAGUGGUCAGCGUGUGGAUUCAGCAGGAACCACCGAGCCAGUCAGUGGCAAAGCUCAAUUCUCAAUGGAAGGAGACCCUUUGGACCCAAUUACUACGUACGGGCCACAGACAGACAAAGCCCAGUACGACAACAUUUGUAAAUUCCUACGGAAGGCUAGAGAAGACUGUGUCAAUUUCCUGUUGGGAGGUCCACCGAUGGCGCAGGAAGACGGCGGGCUCUUAGUGCCUCCUACGCUCGCCCACAACCCUCCAGAGGAUAAUGAUCUCAUGAAAGAGGGAGUGUUUGGUGCCGUCUCGUGCGUGGUCACAUUUACGGAUGAAGAGGAUGUUAUCCGGCGAGCGAACGGCACUGUAUACAGUCUUUAUGCCAGUGUUUUCACCCCCGACAUCAACCGCGCGUUACGUGUCGCAAAGACUUUCGAGGCCGGACAGUAG